GCUUCUCAGGUACAUUAAUGGUUUGUUUAAAAAGUAUUCAUUGCUACGUUAAAACCGAUUUCGACUCACCUAUACAGAAUAACUUCUCUUCCUUUAUAGCAUCACUGAGGGAAUCGGAUUCGGCAGUCACCCCUGUAUUAGCUGGUGUGAUCGGCUUGGUUGCUGGGAUAUGCCUCACAGUGCUUCUUGGAGUUGGACUAUACACUGGCCUGGUAAGACAAGGGAGAUUGCAGUGGAUAAACUCUUCUCAGAAGGAUGAGAUGAAAGUCAGGGCCACAUCAACCCAAGCGGACAGGAACUCUACAGAGCCGUCAGACAACUACACAUCCAUAUCCGAGCAGGCUUGUGGCCGCAGCAUCUACAACAACGACUAUUCUACACUGGACGUCGAGGCUAAGUCGAACAAUGACUAUGACGUCAUUAAGAACAAGGCUUAUGAAAAUAUGUAGAGAGCAUAUCGUAGUAACAGAUUAGUUUAAAUGUUAAUGUAAUUAAAAUGCAUCCACCGCAUCCAUAAUAAUAUUUACAAAAACCUUGCUGUCCCAAUUGGUAACAGGCUGUGCACGAUAUUUAUGUCAAUAUUUGAACAGCUGACGAAGGUGAAGUCGCCUUUAGAUUUCAUGUCCUGCAAGUUUGAGACAAAACAAUGAGUUUGGAAGCCACAUGAGGGGAAUUUACAUCGUGAUCGUCCAGGUCCACGUUCUCUAACACGUUCCUAUAAGUAACAAGCAUGAAAUUGUGGUCUGUAGGAAAAGAACAUAUUUGGUAUUUAAUGAAAUCUAAAAUAUUUUGGCCCAUUUUGGAAAUGUUAUUUUUGCCUCUUGAUAGUGCUUAACUUUAAGGCGUCAAUUCCCGUGCAGUCUUUGUCUGUUUCAAUAGUCUGUUCUUGCUUUGGAUAAAACCUUACUGUCUUGUCGAUA